AUGGCUAGACGCUGUACAGUCCCACGACACUGGAGGGCAUACCCGCCCACCACCAGGACAGCUCGACCACCAGCUCGUUAUAUCUUGGUGGAACAAGCACACUGCGCCGCUGACCCUUCUUGCGGCGGCAAAGACAAAGAUGGAAACGACAACGAGGGGCCUAGUGGCUGGAAGGGCACUUUCUGGAGGCUCGUAGAAGGCAGUGCGACCGCGUUCGGCUCAGUCGCCGUGCUUGGGUUGGCGGGAUACUCCUACCACGCCUACUAUAAAGACCUUGUCCUGCGGAAGAUGAACAAUGCCUUCGGCGUCGGCUUCUCGACACCGGAGCUGACCGCCAUGGGUCGGCACGUCGCCCCCCACAAGCUCCAGUCUGCCGAUGACCUGACGGAGUUCGAGGGCGAGAACGAAUGGAUCCCGAGAAAAGAACAGGACCUCAUCGACGGCAUCAUUGACGGAAGCGUUCGCGGCCAUUAUCACCUUAUCACCGGCGAGAAAGGCACCGGGAAGACCUCUAUGAUCCUGAAAGCGAUGCGCAGGAUCAACGGCGUCGGCAUCGCCAUGCUGGAGGCUCACGGCGACCUCGAGGUUUUCCGUCUGCGUCUCGGAAAGGCGCUGGAUUUCGAGUUCCACGAGGACUACGUAGGAAGUUUGUUCAACUUCAAAGGGCCUCGCGACACAACGGCCAUUCUCGACAUCGAGAGGGCCUUCAACAAGAUGGAAAAGGUGGCACUCUUGCGACAGAGACAUAUCCGACAACCGCUGAUCCUCAUCAUCAACCGCAUCCACGUCCUCCGCGACGACGAGGAUGGCCGGAACCUGCUCGACCUCAUCCAGCAGCGCGCCGAGAUGUGGGCGGCGAGCCGUCUCGUCACCGUCGUCUUCACCAGCGAUGACCACAGCACCACCGAGCACCUCAAGUGGCAGGCCACGCGUAUUUCGGUUACCGACGUCCACGACGUGACGCGGCGACCCGCCGUUGAGGCGUUGAGGGAGUUCCGCAAGAAGGUCUUCCACGAGGACGUGAAACAGGACGUCCUGGAUCGCGUCUACAGGGAGGUCGGCGGGCGCGUCCGAUUCCUGGACCAUGUGGCCCGGUCCAAGGAUAUGCUGGCGACGUGCGACUUCAUCCGCAAGAGGGAGAAGCGCUGGUUACUGGGCCAGUGCUGGAUUCUGGGUGGGGACAUGGACCCGGAAGCAGAGGACCAGCAGGACUACGCCACUACCGCAUUUCUGCUGGCGAAGGCCCUAAUGGAGAAGGAGAAGGCCAUGCCGCGUGAGGAUAUCCUAGACGGCAAGCUCCCGGAGAUACCCCUACACGAGGCGAGACAGCUCAUGACGAGGGCGGACUUCAUCCAGAAGCACGACCACUUCAACAUCUUCUCCAUCGACUCCAAUUCAAUGGUCAGAGCGGACUCGGUGCCGAUGCACAACGCCUUCCGGGAGAUCUGCGCCCAGGAGGGCUUUGAUGAGCUGCUGGAGGCUACGUUGGAGAGACUUGACGAGCUGGAGAGCUUGCAGAGGACGCGGGAGGUCGUGUUGAAGGACCUCGCGAACGGGGGAGAGCUGCAGGCAGUGCUUCGUCAGACCAAGGGAAGCGGGGAUCCCGCGGCCAUAACUUUGAAGACCGUACCGUCUCGGAAAGAAUAA